CAAUCUCUAUAGUGUGUGGCACACAUGCGUAUCUUUUGCUUUGAGUACGUGCUUAUGAUGCUGGAAGUCCUCUCGAAAAUUAAAACUAAGAUGUGAUCUAAAAAGCGUGGCUGUAAAGGGUAUUGAGUAGUGAAAGGUCAUCCGUGUCUUACCCAUUGUCCAUACCUUGGGAGCUUUCGAUUUUUUAUAUCAAAUAUGGUAGCAUUAUAUUAUUAUCGAAGCCUCAAAUAUGGUUGAUAAAGAAGGCUAACAGGCUAAAUUUGAUCAAGUUUCCUUGAGUAGGGAAUUUCAUUUGAUUCCAGUACGUAGUGACUGAAAGUUCAAAGUGGAGAGCCUUUAUUCUAGGGGUGAGCAUAUAAGCGGAACUGUGGAAAAGUGCCAAACUCUCAAACCCAAGCAGUAGCACGAACGGAAGUCGCCGAGAGAGAGGCCAGAAGGAAGUUGCGGAGAGAGAGACGCCGUCGCCCGCCUGCACGUUCAACUGCUGCUGCCCGCCAGUCACCGAGAGAGAGACGCCGCUGCCCGCCAGACGCCACCUCGCCGGAAAUUCUCCAGCCUCCAGGUGCCAGAGUCCAGGGUAAAGGAGUCCGGAAGACAGAUGGAUGAAAAGGCAGCUGGUAAAGCUAUGGAGCGGCCGCACUUGAAGAAGGAGAAAGACUACUCGCUGUUUAGCGAGCUGUUUACACAUCAUAUAGAGUCGUUUGACUACAUGAUUGACCAAGGCCUUGAGACCAUGCUUAUGGCCAUCAAGCCAGUUGAGGUAUCCCAUCAAGCCUCCGGAAGCAAGCUUAGAAAUAUCCUCUUUUGCAUUCUCGUACUGUGGUUUGGGAAACCUGAAUUAUUCCCCCCUGAAAAGGAGCGUGGUUACAAGGGCCUUAAUGAUCCUCUGUAUCCUUUUGAGUGUAGGCAAGCUAAACUUUCAUAUACAGGAAAGUUUGUUGUGGAUAUCUGCCUUCAAUUUGAUGAUGGAGCUGUUGUAAGAGAGAAAUUUAAUCUAGGGCAGUUUCCUAUUAUGCUGAAGUCAAAAUUAUGCCGCUUGAGAACGGCUGACAACUCCCAAAAAUUAGUACGUCUCAAGGAAGAGCCAUCAGAAAUGGGCGGAUACUUCAUUUUGAAUGGUCUUGAACGUGUAGUUCGACUUCUAAUAUUGCCAAAACGAAACUAUCCAAUGAGCUUGGUGAGAAAUUCAUUUCGUGAUAAGCGAGAAGGGUAUACUGAUAAAGCUGUUGUGAUAAGAUGUGUAAGAGAAGAUCAAUCUGCGGUUUCAAUAAGACUGUAUUAUCUUAUUAAUGGAAGUGCGAGACUUGGAUUCUGGAUACAAGGAAGGGAAUACUUGCUUCCUGUUGGUGUCAUAUUAAAGGCCCUUGUUGACACAACUGAUCGUGAUAUAUAUGUCAGCUUAACAUGUGUUUAUAAUGAGAUUUAUGAUAAAGCAAAGGGAGCUGUUGGCACCCAGCUUUUUGGAGAAAGGGCAAGCAUUAUCUUGCAUGAAGUUACAAGCCUUUCUCUUUUUACACGUAGACAGUGCCUCCAACAUAUUGGUGAACAUUUUCAACCUGUUAUGUCUGGUAUGGAAGAGGAAACUUAUUCUGCUGUUGCUGAAGCUGUGCUCCGAGACUACAUAUUUGUCCACUUGGAUAACAACCAUGAUAAGUUUAAUUUGCUUAUCUUCAUGUUGCAGAAGCUUUUUUCUCUAAUAGAUCAAACAUCUGUUCCGGACAACCCAGACUCCUUGCAGAAUCAAGAAGUUUUGCUGCCUGGUCACUUGAUAACAAUAUAUCUAAAGGAGAAGCUUGAAGAUUGGUUGUUGAGGACAAAACAGUCACUCAAAGAUCAAAUUGCCAGCAAAGCCGAGGACUUUCAGUUUAUCCUUGCUGAUGUGAAGAAAGUUUUUGAAAAAAAUGGUCCGAGACAGAUCACUUUAGCUAUUGAGAAUAUGUUGAAGACUGGGAGAUUGGCCACACAAUCUGGUCUUGAUUUGCAGCAGAGAGCUGGAAUGACUGUUCAGGCAGAAAGGAUAAAUUUUCUGCGAUUCAUUUCACAUUUUAGAGCUGUUCCUCGAGGUUCUGCCCUUGCUGGUCUUCGUACUACCAGUGUGCGGAAAUUGUUGCCCGAAUCAUGGGGUUUUUUAUGUCCUGUUCAUACACCUGAUGGGGAAUUAUGUGGAUUGCUAAACCAUUUAGCUGCUGCUUGUCGUAUAACCUCAUAUUAUGAUUCCAAAGGAAACAUCAAAGACUUUCGCAGGAUGAGAAUGUCAAUCAUAGAUGUGCUAAACAAUAUUUGUUUUAUGAAGUCAGCAAUGCCAAAGCUUCCCAAGGCAGGCCCUCCUGAACUACUUACUGUUCUUCUGGAUGGCCGUGUUGUGGGUUAUGUACCAUUGGACCUUGUUGAAAAAGCUAUCACUCAUCUGCGAAGACUAAAACUAUCAACUGUAUCGCCGAUUCCAUUUGACUUGGAGGUGGGCUAUAUACCUCUGAGCAUGGGUGGGGCAUAUCCUGGUAUAUACCUGUUCACAUCUCCUUCUAGAUUUAUCCGACCAGUUAGAAACAUCUCCGUUCCUCCUCAAGAUGACAAUGAUAUUGAACUGAUUGGUCCAUUUGAACAGGUUUAUAUGGAGAUAAAAUGUCCUGAUGGCAGAGAUGGUGGAAGAAGAAAUUUAUUUCCUGCCACUCAUGAAGAAAUCCAUCCAAAAAAUAUGCUGAGUGUCGUUGGUAAUUUGACACCUUGGUCCGAUCAUAACCAGAGUCCCCGCAAUAUGUAUCAGUGUCAGAUGGCGAAACAAACUAUGGGGUUCCCUUCACUGGCCAUAAAUUGCCGCGCUGAUCAAAAGCUUUAUCACCUUCAGACCCCACAGACCCCCAUUGUACGUACCGGAGCGUAUGAGAAAUAUUGCAUUGAUGAUUAUCCUUUAGGAACAAAUGCAAUUGUUGCAGUUCUUGCUUAUUCAGGUUAUGACAUGGAGGAUGCCAUGGUCUUAAAUAAAUCAUCUGUUGACCGCGGGAUGUGCCAUGGGCAUGUAUACCAGACAGAAACAAUUGAUUUGGCUGAACAAAGUGCAAAGUCAGAUCGUGUUCAGAAAAUGUUUAAGAGAAGCUAUAAUAAGAAGAACCCUCAGCACCUGAUUGAGCGCCUGAUUGAUUCUGAUGGACUUCCAUAUGUUGGCCAGAAGAUCAAUCCAAAUGAGCCAUAUUGCAGUGUCUACAGUGACAUAACAACUAAUUCACAAACCAUCACAUUGAAGGGUACAGAAUCUGUUAUUGUUGACUAUGUUGCUGUUGAUACAAAGACCAAAAGUAAUAUUCAAAAGGCAAACAUACGUUUUCGACGUUCUAGGAAUCCGAUAAUUGGAGACAAAUUUAGCAGUAGACAUGGGCAAAAGGGGGUGUGUUCACAACUAUGGCCAGAUAUUGAUAUGCCUUUCUCAGCAGUUACAGGAAUGAGGCCAGAUCUAAUAAUUAAUCCUCAUGCAUUCCCUUCAAGGAUGACUAUUGGAAUGCUUUUGGAAUCAAUUGCUGCCAAGGGAGGAGCUUUACAUGGGAAGUUUGUCGAUGCAACGCCAUUUUCUACUAUAGUUAAAAACAACAAGGGAUCAAAUUCUGAUUCAGAUUCGCUAGUUGAUGAUCUUGGGUCUAUGCUGAGAGCCCGUGGGUUCAAUUACCAUGGUGUAGAGGUACUCUAUAGCGGAUUUUAUGGGACAGAACUAACAUGUGAAAUAUUUAUUGGGCCAGUUUAUUAUCAAAGGCUUCGGCACAUGGUUUCAGAUAAGUUUCAGGUGCGCUCUACCGGAAGGGUGGACCAAGUGACUCGGCAGCCCAUCAAGGGAAGAAAAUACGGGGGAGGCAUUCGGUUUGGGGAGAUGGAACGGGACUCCCUAUUGGCCCAUGGGGCAGCGUAUCUGUUGCACGACAGACUCCACACCAGCUCUGAUCACCACAUUGCAGACGUGUGCUCACUCUGUGGGAGCAUCCUCACCUCCACACUCAUCCAGCCGCCCCAGAAAAUGCAAGAGAUCGCCGGGCUCCCUCCUGCCAGAGAACCCAAGAAGAUUGCCUGCGUUGCGUGCAAGACGAGUAAGGGAAUGGAGACGGUCUCUAUGCCUUACGUCUUCAAGUAUUUGGCUGCCGAAUUAGCUGCCAUGAACAUUAAGAUGGACCUCAAGCUCAGUAAUGUUGCAGGUGCUUGAUAUUCCCAGCCCUAGCUUCUUUGUUUUUUUUUUAAUUUAAAAAAAAAAAUCCAAAUUCCAACUCAAACUGUUGUGCCAUUUGUAAUUCUUUUUUUUUGUUAUAAGCAAAAUGUCAAUUUCAAUCUUGAGAUGUUUUUCUUUGGAUAUACCCAAUAUUUAUUUAUCUAUGAGCUGAUUAAUAGUCCUCCCUCACUCUGCAGCUGGCAAUUUUGAUUCUAAUUAUUCGUGGAAUAUAGAUACUUGUAUUGAAUUUUGAGCAUCAAGAGUAUAUAAUCAGUAUAACAUGUAGUGGUGGUGUUA